AUGCGUUCCCUCAUCCUCCUCUCCCUCACAAGCCUCACUGCCCUCCUCGCAAACGCCCAAUCCAUCAGUACCUCCGGCCACUGCGGCGCUUCCUUUGGCGGCCUCACUUGCGCCGGCUCUUCCUUCGGCUCGUGCUGUAGUCAGCACAAUUGGUGUGGCUCCACGGCUGCACACUGCACAGAGGGAUGCCAGUCUGGCUUUGGCACGUGUAAU